GUUGCAAGCGGGGUGAAAUCUCGGGAGCUGUCUGAAGGAACAAAUAGCGUGAAGAUUUAAAAACGUGCAUUUAGCAGACGGUGAUUCUGCAACAUUUCGCAAGAAGGCAGCACCGUGACUUUCGAUGAUUUAAAGCUCUCUAUCGACGAUAAACGUUUAAUUUCGCCUCUUAUCGUAACUUGGAGGAAGUUAAACUCUGCACGGCUCGGAGUACCCACCUCGGAGCAGAAAGUCAGGUCGGUGGUCGGCAGUUGGUUCUGCAGGAAUGUCGCAGAAAGAGAGACCCAAGUUUUAUCGACAGGAGGUCAACAAGACGAUAUGGGAAGUCCCAGAGCGGUACCAAAACCUGUCCCCGGUUGGCUCUGGCGCCUACGGCUCCGUCUGUUCAGCACAUGAUAUGACAUCAUUUUCCAAGGUAGCUGUGAAGAAGCUCUCUCGGCCAUUUCAGUCCAUCAUCCACGCCAAGAGAACGUACAGAGAGCUGCGGCUGCUGAAGCACAUGAAACAUGAAAAUGUCAUUGGCCUCCUAGAUGUCUUCAGCCCUGCAACAAGUCUGAAGGAAUUCACUGAUGUGUAUCUGGUGACUCACUUAAUGGGGGCAGAUCUCAACAACAUAGUGAAAUGUCAGAAACUCACAGAUGACCACGUGCAGUUCCUCAUAUACCAGAUCCUCAGAGGGUUAAAGUAUAUCCACUCCGCAGACAUCAUUCACAGAGAUUUGAAACCUAGUAAUCUGGCGGUGAAUGAAGACUGCGAGCUUAAGAUUUUGGAUUUUGGUUUGGCACGGCACACUGAUGAUGAGAUGACUGGCUACGUGGCCACCCGCUGGUACCGCGCACCAGAGAUCAUGUUGAACUGGAUGCAUUACAACAUGACAGUGGAUAUUUGGUCAGUGGGCUGUAUAAUGGCAGAACUCCUUACUGGAAAAACUCUUUUUCCUGGAACUGACCACAUUGAUCAGUUGAAGCUAAUCAUGAUGCUCGUCGGGACACCAGGGCCUGAGCUCUUGAUGAAAAUAUCUUCAGAGUCUGCCAGGAACUACAUCAGCUCCUUGGCACAGACUCCCAAGAGGAACUUUGCUGAUGUGUUCAUUGGUGCCAACCCACUCGCUGUGGACCUCCUGGAGAAAAUGCUGGUUCUGGACACAGACAAGCGGAUAACAGCGGCCGAGGCUUUGGCUCACCCAUACUUCGGCCAGUAUCACGACCCAGACGACGAGCCAGAGGCCGAGCCCUAUGACCAGAGCUUUGAGAGCCGCGAGCUGGAGAUUGAAGAGUGGAAACGAUUAACCUACGAGGAGCUGUGUAGUUUUGAGCCACCUAUCUUUGAUGAGGAUGACAUGGAGUGAGGGGACGUGCUUCCCACAUCGACCCCGGCCGCCGACAAUUUGUAACAACCUCAAACAUGUGCAUUCGUGUUAAACUCUAAGACACAUUUGUAUCAGAGUGCCUGCCAGCCUUUGUCAGUCUGUAUUAACCAAGAAAACUUUGUCCACGAGUAGCUCUCGUUAGGAGGUCAUUACCAGCGCAGGGAAAGGAAGAGCUCGACCAGUUAUCAUUAUUCUUAUUUAUGAACCACUAAUGUUGAAGGUCUGUUGCUGGGAAAUGUCACUUCUUGCCAAUAGCUGAAAUCAUUUUAUAUUCUUCAUAUUUUUUUUUUUUUUUUUUUAAAUUUAGAUUUUGAUGACUCGUCACUGUGACACUGAGAUGCUGAAACACCUGGACCUAUAGCUGUGCUAUUUUGUGUUUUUAAAUUUUCUGUGGAGUAACUUAUGAAUAAGCUUCCAUCAAUUGAAAAAGGAAUAUGCUAGUCUACCACUCGCCCUGCCAAGCUGUCACAUAUAGCACUGGGUCACAUGUGUUUGUUAAACGAUUCAAUUAUAUUGUUCCUGUAUUUAAAAAGAGAUGAUUCUGAAGGGUUUCAUAUCUGUGACAGAAGUAAAUUUGAUGUUUUUAGGUAUUUGACAAUUUGAGAAUGUGCCUGUUCUGUGUAGUCACUGACCUUCAGUGCUCGCCAACUGAAUAUCACACGUUUUAAUGGUUAUUUUGAUAGUUUAGAUGCUCUGUGAGUCAUAUUGUGGCAACACAGAAAUAUCUGAGCCUCUGCUGUUUGAGAGACAGUGCUAUUCAACAAGACACCCGAGUAGGAAUAAAAAUAUUCGUAAUGGGUACACGCUCUACUCAAAAAUAUGUAAAUAUCUGUGCGUAAUUUUUUAAAUCUCUGACUUAUUGUGCUUACGUUCUAAAGCAAUCACUUUUAGUAUGUACAUCAGUUAAAGACUUGUGUGUGCGUUUGCGAGAGUGUGUUGUUGGUUUACAGGAAUUUUAAGUGUCAUGCUAAAACCUCUAAUAGAAAUACUGCUUAAAUGUGUAAAAGAGGGAUUUCAGAUGUAUUUAUACUGUGUGGAGGUGGUAUUUAUAAACAACAAUCGAAAGAUCCCUUAAACUAUUUUCAGUCCAGCAGAGUAACUACUAUCAUCAGUCCUUUGUUUAACAAAAUAAAGACUUAUUUUUAAGAGACCUAA